CUCAUGGUCUCUGACAUUUCACACAGGAGCUCCACUGAGUGAGUCCUUCAUUCCCUGAAAACUGCUUUCUCUGUUCACCAGCAGUUUCCACCCCAGCAUGGCUCCACAGGUCCCUGAGGCUCCCUGGAUAUUGGCUCUGACUGUGGCACUUCUGGUGCUGGGCAGCACAGUGGUUCAGAGCAGGACCCAUCCAGAGAAUUACCUGUUCCAGCUGCGGGACGACUGCUACGCGCACAACGGGACGCAGCGUUACGUGCAAAGGUACACCUACAACCAGGAGGAGUUCCUGCGCUUCGACAGCGCGGUGGGCGAGUUCCGCGCGGUGACCGAGCAGGGGCGGUCCUGGGCCGAGAACUUCAACAGCCAGAAGGACUUCAUGGAGCGGAAGCGCGCCGAGGUGGACACCGUGUGCAGACACAACAACGAGCUGCUCGAAGGCCUCCCCCUGAAACGCCGAGUCCAGCCUACAGUACAUGUGUCCCCUGCCAAGAAGCCCACCCUGCAGCACCACAACCAGCUCAUCUGCCACGUGACAGAUUUCUACCCAGGCAACAUUCGCGUCCGAUGGUUCCUGAAUGGACAGGAGGAAACAGCUGUCGAGUCCACCAACCUGAUCCAUAAUGGGGACUGGACUUACCAGAUCCUAGUGAUGCUGGAAGUGACCCCCCAGCAGGGAGACGUCUACACUUGCCACGUGGAGCACCCCAGCCUGGACAGCCCUGUCACUGUGGAGUGGACGGCUCAGUCUGAUUCUGCCCAGAACAAGAAGCUGACUGGAAUCGGGGGCUUCGUGUUGGGGUUCAUCUUCCUCACAGUCGGCAUCGUCAUGCACGUGAGGAGCAUGAAAGGGCAGCGAGGACCUCGAUGAGCAGGGUCCCUAUCUGACAGCAAAAAUUAGAUGAGCCUUGGAACAAGGAUUUUCUAUUUCUUUAGUCCUAGAAAAGACUGAAGGUUGGUUCUGCACUAGACCCCACCUGCCCAAGAGGAUGUGGCUGCCACGUAAUUGCUCUGAAACCAGUUUCUGUAGUUUUGCUCUUUGAUUCAAUGUACUUCUCUCGACAACCAAGUUCUCUUUUCCUCUGCAUUAUAAAUAAAAUCAGAUGUCCUUAUUUUCUUUUAAACAUA